CAGCUCUCCUAUUUCAUCCCAAAACUCAAAGAUUAAACCACCAGACUUUAACGGUGAUGGCGGAUCCUCAGACCCUUCCCAUUCUGCCGUUGCUUCUUCUACUUCUAUCAGUCCCAUUUGCCGCUUCAAAUCCCCUCCAAGAAAAGUACCACCAAUGCCUCGUUCACAAUACCGAUGCCGACCAACCCGUCACGAUUUCAACCGUUUUCUACACUCCAAACAAUUCUUCGUUUCAUUCGGUUCUCGAGUCGACUGCCCAGAAUCUCCGGUAUUUGGUGCCUUCCGUGUCCAAGCCGGAGCUGAUUUUCACUCCUCUGACCGAAUCCCAUGUCCAGGCCGCCGUCAUCUGCUCCAAGAAGCUCGGCGUCCCCCUUAGAGUCCGGAGCGGUGGUCACGACUACGAAGCCGUGUCGUAUGCUUCCGAAACGGAAACACCGUUUAUAAUUGUCGACAUGGCCAGGCUCCGGUCCGUCACCGUCGAUAUCGACGACAACACGGCCUGGGUCCAGGCCGGCGCAACCAUCGGCGAACUUUACUACAGAAUCUACGAGAAAAGCAGCGUCCAUGGCUUCCCGGCGGGGCUCUGCACCAGCUUAGGCGUCGGCGGGCACAUCACCGGCGGCGCUUAUGGCCCAAUGAUGAGAAAAUACGGCCUCGGGGCGGACAAUGUCGUCGACGCUCGGAUUGUGGACGCGAAUGGGAGGAUUCUCGAUCGAGAGGCGAUGGGAGAAGAUCUGUUUUGGGCGAUCAGAGGCGGCGGCGGCGGAAGCUUUGGUCUCAUUCUUGCAUGGAAAACCCAGCUGGUCCAAGUUCCGAAAACCGUGACGGUUUUCACCGUUCCAAAGACGUUAGAACAAGGAGCCACGAAGAUUCUUUACAAAUGGCAGCAAGUUGCCGAUAAGUUAGACGAAAACCUCUUCAUCAGAGUCAUUAUCCAAGUCGCCGACGCCGCCGUGAAAGGCAAGCGAACAGUGGGCACCGCCUAUAACGCCCUGUUUCUCGGAAGGGUCAACAAGCUUCUGAAGGUCAUGGGAAAAAGCUUCCCUGAAUUAGGAUUAACACGCAAAGACUGCCAAGAAAUGAGCUGGAUCGAAUCGGUGCUUUACAUCGCCGGAUACCCGAGCAAAACGCCGCCGGAAGUUCUCCUCCAGGGGAAGUCUCUGUUCAAGAACUACUUCAAGGCCAAAUCAGAUUUCGUCAAAAAGCCGAUUCCAGAAGACGGCCUCGAAGGGCUCUGGAAAAGAUUAAUGGAGGAAGAAAUUCCAUUGAUGAUAUGGAACCCUUACGGCGGAAUGAUGAGCAAAAUUUCGGAAUCGGAGAUUCCUUUCCCGCACAGAAACGGGACGCUGUUCAAGAUACAGUACGUGACGACGUGGAGCGCCGGCGACAAGGAGUCUGCGGCGAAGCACAUAGACUGGAUGAGGCGGCUGUACAAUUACAUGUCGACUUACGUCUCGAUGCUGCCGAGAGAGGCAUAUGUGAAUUACAGGGACCUGGAUUUGGGGAUGAACAAGAACGGGAGCACGGAUUUCGUUCAGGCGAGCGUUUGGGGGACCAAGUAUUUCAAGAACAAUUUCAACAGGUUGGUGAGAAUCAAAUCGAAGGUUGAUCCGGAGAACUUUUUCCGGCACGAACAGAGCAUCCCUGUUCUUCCGACGGUGGAGAGGAAAAGCGAAAGAAAGGGGGACCAUUGGUGAAGAGCAGAGGGUAGAAGUACUGGGUUACGGGGGGGGGGGGGGGGGGGGUGUGCUGUUGUUGGAGAUCUAAUGUUAAUUAAUUUGUAUUUUAGGUGGCAAGCUGCUGCUUUUCAUGUACGUAGUAGUAUGUGCUUCUCCAUUUGGAAGUGAUCUACUGAUGAAGUAAUCGAAUGGUUAUGAUGUAAAAUUACUUAAUAAAAAAUUUGCUUAGAUUUGGA